AUGGACCAUGCCUCCCAUGCGUCGGACUCGAACCCACGGCCGCUGGGAUCGGACAGUGGCCCCGAAGCUCCGAACAAUGCGGAUAACAUACGAGCAAGAGAUGGAUUGGAAGCUGCAGACGCAGAGGUCGAACCGAUACAGGAUAUGUCGGUGCGGGCAGAUGUGAUGGACGAAGACCCGCAACCAGAGAGCGCUACACCCCUCAUGAACCUGUCCGGGGCUCUGGAGAAACAAGCGCUACGAGCAGAAGACAAUGACUCGACCUCCCACUCCGUUGCCGAUAAUCGACCAAGCAGUGAAACCGAGCCAACGGCUCAGAAUGUGGAAGCCGGCCACAGCCUCUUUAACAACCCCCCAAACCUGUCGAGGAUCCGAAAAGUCUUGUUUGAAUGCAAGGACCCGAUUGAAAUCAGCCUCGAAGAGUUUGAGACAUACUGGCCCUUCAUUGAUAACGUGUGGGUCAAGCAACGCUCGAAUGCCAGCAUGGAGGGCCAUUGCACCACGGACUACUACAUGUGCCGGCUACGGCGUCCAACCCAUCGUACCUCAGAGACUCGCCCAUUACCGGAGGGCAAACGCCCCCGAAAGAAGCGCGUGCGAGAAGGGGGGAUCUGCAAUUUCCAGAUCAAGGUUGUGCGGUUUGAAGGCGCAUAUUCGACCGUUACUAUCGCACGAACGCCUGGGAGUAGCAGCGCUCACUCCCAUGACCUUGACUACAUCGACCGAGUCAAGCGCAACUCUGGAUUGAUGGAAUAUGCCCGCAAGGAGUCUGUCAAAGGCUACCUGCCCUCCUCGAUCUACACGAAAUUCCAGGAAGAGCCAGAGAAGCUGUGUGAGGCAGGGGGUCGUUUUUUCACCGUGACGGAUGUUCGCAACGUCUCCGCAAAAUGGCGACUUCAAAACCCCGAAGUCAAGCUGGUAGCACAUGAGGGCUAUGAGUAUCAGAAAGGACACGGGAUCAUCAAAUCUCAGUCCGCAGACGGUGCCCACGAGGGCUCUUCGCAACCAAAACCGACCCAGUUGAUUCCAUCUUCGUUACCACAAGACACCCUACCAUUCCCUCAAUUUCCGCUCGAAUUCCUAGAUUCUUACCUCCCCAACCACUCCGAUCGGCGCGAGCUCCCUCAUGUCACUUUAUCCUAUGCGUCAUCAAUGGAUUCAAAAAUCUCCCUGCAGCCGGGGAUGCAGACGGUCUUAUCCGGCCCCGAGGCGAAACUUAUGACUCACUAUCUCCGCUCCCGUCAUGAUGCGAUCCUUGUAGGAGUCGGCACGGUCCUUGCAGAUAAUCCCGGGUUGAAUUGCCGACUGGAAGGGGCCGGGGGAUUCGGAGGUCUGGGGAGGAUGUGGCAGCCACGCCCUGUCAUCAUUGACCCCACGGGACGGUGGUCCGUUCAUCCUGAGUGUCGCAUCCUACGAACCGCCGUGGAUGGGAAAGGCAAAGCCCCGUGGGUGGUAAUAUCUCCAGGAGCUCAGAUCAACCCCCAGAGGCUGAUGAUGCUCAAGGGCUACGGUGGUGACUUUCUCCGGAUUGUGGAAUACAAUCAGCAUUGGCGACUACGCUGGGAGGCUGUUCUCCGGGCCCUGGCUUCCGAGGGCAUCAAGAGUGUCAUGAUUGAAGGAGGUGGAACAGUAUUGAGUGAGCUGCUGAACCCUGAAUACACACAAUUCAUUGACUCGAUCAUUGUGACGAUUGCGCCCACGUACUUGGGCCGUGGGGGAGUUGGAGUCAGUCCCGAUUCAAAACAAGACCAAGAAGGCAAGCCCAAUGCAGCCCUGAAUCCUCGCGAUGUCAAGUGGAUGCCACUGGGGCAAAAUGUCAUCAUGUGCGGCAAGAUCCGUGAGGCCGGUCAAUGA